GAGGCCAAUAAAUGCAGCCAUUGAUGUAAAACGUAGCAAGGAAUUUGUCCACAUAAACCUUUUCAUAAACCCUCUCUUCUCCGAGAAGAAGAAGAAGAAGAAAAAAACGAACUUAAAGCCUUCUUUGAGAAUGGGUGGUGCUUCAUCGCAACUGGGGGAUGGAGUAUCAAAAGAGAACACUUCAACAACCACAUCUUCGUCACAACUUCCAAAAGAUGAAAAGUUAGCCCCCGCUACAGUCCCGGCAGAUUCAAAGCCAAAGAAGAAGAUCUGCUGUGCUUGUCCAGAGACUAAAAAGGUGAGAGAUGAAUGCAUUGUUGAACACGGUGAAUCAGCUUGUGAGAAAUGGAUCGAAGCUCAUCUUAAAUGCCUUCGAGCUGAAGGCUUCAACGUCUGAAACUGGUUACAGAACUAAUUCUCUAAAAAAAGAAGAAAGCUAAUAUACUUAUGUAGAAUGUCCAAUACAUGUUAUCAUUACGAAAAUUUUGUUAGCUAUUUUCUUACUGAUCAAAUAUACAAAAACAGUGUUUUUACAUAUUCAGAAUAAACAGGGCAUAGUUUUUUUUAAGAAACAAAUUGCUUUCGUUUUUAUAUCUUUCAUGUUGUAUAACAGUAUUUGGCUUUUACUGUAUUACUUGUAUCUCUU